GUGACUCUGUGAUUUGAUAAUCCUCUCUUUCAUGGUAGAGGAAGAUAUAUACUCCUCCACACCGCCUAAAUACAGAAUGCAGAGACAUCUAUAUAUUAUUAAAUGCCGUCGCCGAAGAAUUACCGUGAAGGAGGCCACGAGAAGAACAAGAAGGGAAAGUUAUCGGGGAAAACCUCAAGCGGCGGGACUGUGCUGGAGAUGCAGCCAAGGACAAGGACGGCAAAGGAAUUUUUUACCGGGAAAAGAGUUGUUGCAAAUUUGCUGGCAAUGCCACACGAAAGACCUAAGCUGACGAAAUUGUUGGUUAAUGUGACGAUACAGAGGAGCCUCGGUGCCGUGCAAGUAGUGAUGGCGCCGGAGGCCACCGUUGAUGAGUUGAUCGCAGCCGAGUUACGGCUGCACGAGAAGGGGGGCAGGCGGCCAGUUUUUCCAUCUACCUCGCCUUCCGGCUUCGAUCUCCAUUAUUCACAGUUUAGCUUAGAAAGUAUAAAUAGGGAGGAAAAUUUAAUGGCGUUGGGAUCAAGAAACUUCUUUCUCUGCCCAAAGAAGAAGGCUGCCACCACGGUCAGUCAUGGCGCUGCAGCGGCUUCUUCGAAGGAAGUUGCCAAGCCUUCCUAUAUUGGGUUGCAUGGUCUCAAGUUAAUGGAUAUUUUGCUGUGAAGUUAAUUACAGCUUUAAUCCGUGCGUUUCACCUAAAUUGAUGUUCAUACCACCGGUGCUAAAUAGGAUUAUUCUUUUAAUUAUAUCCUUAUUAGUCUAUAAGGUCCAUAGUUACUCGGCAGAUUAUUUUGGUCUUUUGGCUGCAUUUAGAGUUGUUUUCUCUUCUCCUUAGUAAAAACAUGGACAGCAGCUUUGAGAGGUUGGUUGUUCAAUUUUUACUAGAGCAACCUCGAUAUCCAGUCAAAAUUGAGGUGGUGAACUUGAAAUGUGGUCAAUUUUGGAAGACUUUGCAAAGGUAGACAUUUUUGA